UCGGUUGAUAAAAAUGGAUGGGUCUAACGAUUUGAGAGGAGCAGAGGAGGACAUGAGCUCUAAUUUAAAUUCCUCCGAUUUCUGUGCUUCGUGUGUAAUUGCCCCGGCGGAAUCCUUUAAACCGCACAUCAAUCACCCCAUAGUUGGGCUGGAUGGACUGCUCCAGGGUCUGACUCAGAUGAAGAAACUAGACCUUAUGACCUUUCCAACCAUGGAUGACGAUGUCCCAACGAAGAUGGACAAGUCGCUGCUGAAACUGCUAAAUGGUUGUAGUCUUGGGAUCAUCGAUGCAACCAUUGAAAAUCCGUACAUACUGCCAGAUGUGGAAGUAUCGUGGAUUCGCCCAAGAUGUGAAAAUGUUCAGAAAACUAGUUACGGAAAAAUCUUCGAUGGACUCCUUGGAACUAGAUUGGCGGCCUCUUGCUCGCCAUUCGCUGCGUCUCUUAAUGCAAAGAUCUGCCUUUCGACCAGAGUUUUCACAUUUAUAAAGCAGUUUUCAAAUGUGAGGAAAUGCUGCAUAGCCGAUUCCAAUCAAGAGAUUCCGGCCAUCAUGAAUGGAGCGGAAGAUAUCUUCAGCAAAAUGGUAGAGAUCGAUCCUCCAGCUGAGAACCAGAAUAAUUCUCUAAAAUUUAAAGUUUUCUUGGAAAUGUUAUUCGCUCGAAAUUUCCUGAGACUUAAGCAGGACAGUGCGGAUCCAAAGGACAUUCAGGUCGCAGAUCGCCGACUUUUGAACAAGCCCUUCGUUCAGCUUCGCCUUUUCAAAGAUAUGACUGCAUGGAAAGAAAAUGACUGGCCACACAUCGAGAUAUGGAAGAAGCAAGGUAUGCCAAUAUACUACAUUCUCCUUUGCGACAAGAUAACAAACGAACUGAUCGUUCAAAUACGACUAGCUGGAGAUUGGCAAGUCGCCUCCACCGCCAGCAAUAAAAGCUGGACACAUUUCAAUUAUGCGGUCUCUCCGGGGGGUAUUCUCGAGCGACUGGGCUGCACUUUCUCCAACGCGCGCACUGCCCAAGAGUUCGUGGAUGUGACCCAGACUUGUGUGGCCAAGCGUCACUGGUGAUGAUAGAUAGAUGAUAAUGUUUAGUUAGUUAAAAUUGGUGUUUAUUUUUGUGGAGUUCAGUUUAGGCUUCAUUAUCCAAAUACUAAAUCAAAAUUUGAAUUGAUUUCUGAUAUUGUGCAUAGAGUAAUUAAAUUUUUUGUCAA